AUGUUCGGAUCUGACGAAGUAACAGAGAAUUGGCAUGGAGUAGUCAAAGUCAAGCUACUUGACAAAAUAAGAAGUCCCGUAUUAACAGCCCACGCUAAGAAAGCUAGCCUGACGAAGGAGGAUCUCCACGUGAUAAACCGGAAACGCAUACAACUUUCAAGCAAAUUGGAUGAAAAACCGCACUCUCCGCAGAUCCUCCUAGGUUGUGACUAUCUCUGGGACGUUAUGGAACAGCAAAAUGAAAUGCUACCCUCGGGACUAUAUCUGAUAUCAACCAAGUUCGGGUACAUGAUAUCGGGACGACAAUACGAGCCA